GUAUUCAGGAACGCGAUUUUAUUCUCUAUAUACUGUAACCGUUAAUAGGGAAAAGUGAAUCCAAUUUCCAGCCGCAGGUUGUGUCUCGUAUUCUAACGCUGUAUGUUAGAUAACUGCUUUGCUCCGCGCAUACAAGUACGUGCUUGUCCUCGUGAAAUACUGUACGUGGCAUCGGUUUGCUGCUGUUUACAUACUGGAUAUAACAAAAUGUCCGUCAACAGCGUCAGUCCCUUGAUCACCGUAAAGCCAGUAAAAGGACUUAUAGAUGAAAAGUUUCAAAUCGUUGUUGAACAUUUAAAUCCAGGACAAACAUUCACCCUACAUUCUUUGAUUCAUUCUGAAGAUGACGACUUUUGGGAGGCUUUUGGGCACUAUGUCAGCGACGCUAAAGGAACAGUAAAAGUCUCAGAAGAUCAGUGUCUAGGAGGUUCGUAUGCUGGCUUUGAGCCAAUGGGUCUUUUAUGGAGUAUGAAGACAGUGCCUGGAAGCAGAACAGGACUUAGGUUACGGAAGAAGGAUGUUUGUACUCCAGUGAUUGUGCGAAUUUCUGUUUACAAAGGGCACAUCAGCGAUGGGUUUAAGGAGGAGUCCUGUCUGGGAUGUGCUGUUACCGAGCGCUGGUACAUGGCACCGGGUGUCCAUAGAGUGGAACUCAGACAUAGUGGAGUCCAAGGAACCCUCUUUCUUCCACCCGGUCCUGGACCAUUUCCUGGCAUUUUAGACAUGUGGGGAGGAGGAGGAGGGCUGGUGGAGUACCGGGCAGCUCUCCUUGCGUCACAUGGCUACGUGUCCCUAGCUGUGGAAUAUUUGCCCCGUGGUGAUAGCACAGAAUCUUCUCCUGACGUUUUACCUGGGAAAUCUUAUUUUGAGGCAGCAUUCACCCUCCUUAAAGACCACCCUCAGGUUGCCAGUGACCAAGUGGCAUUGCUUGGUUUAUCCUUGGGAACAAGUAUUGCAUUAGCACUGGCGGUAUACUCAACAGUAGUACAUCCCAAGUGUAUGGUAUGCAUCAGUGGGAGCCAUGUUAUGUCUGCAAAUGUGUCCAUUCCGAAUUUCUUUGCAGAGAUUUACAAGAAGAAGCACAAAAUACUCACUGAUGAGAAUAAUCACAUGAUCUGGAGGAAUAUAAUUCUGCCUAUUCCUACAGAUCCAAAUGAAAAAUUGGAGGUUGGGAAGAUAAAGUGCCCACUGUUAUUUAUUGUUGGAGGAGAUGAUCAAACCUGGGCAACAGCAGAAUCUGCUGAGGAUAUUGAGAAAAUGAUGGAACAAGCAGGGAAUCGUAAUCUGUUAACAGUGCUUUCCUACCCUGGAGCUGGUCACCUUAUAGAACCUCCAUACUCCCCACACAUAAGAAACAGCAAGUUUUUAUUAUCACAAACGAAGACAAAAGGGAGAUCAAAGGCUAGUAUUAGCGGUCUAAGGUCCUGGAGCAGAGCUGAAUGUAGGAUCCCACCUUCCUUCAGAAAAUCAGCCCGACAGACCAUGGGUUUUUGCUGGAUAUUUUAAAAUGCCACCAGCAACAUGAUGAAAAGCAUGACAAAUGGAGAGUGCUGUUUUUGAUAAUGAUAAUAGCUCUCCGAUUGAGUGUUCCUCUCCAGGCUCAUUCUUUAGAGGUCUCUUAUCAUGUUGUUUACUCCGCUCAGAUCAUCCUACGAGCCCAAUUCAUUGGUUUGCAUCGCAGCAAAGCUCAGCUCCUGCCAUAGAGGUAUUAGCUUUGGCUGUGCUUUCCUCAUGCUCUCCAUAAUGCUUGGCAAUGGAGAAAGCUCCCAUGUGGCUUGUGUUUUAGUACCACUCAGAUGAAAAUGUUUCAUGGACUGCUGAUAUAUUUUAAAAAUGUAAAUUUUCCUGUCAGAGUCAGCGUACAGCAUGUCUUGCCUACCCUUAUGAACAUAAGUGUUCACUAAUCACUUAUACAUAAAUGUUACUGACAAUCAAAAGUUUUGAAACAAGUUAAAAACAGGGGCCAUUGAGUGGUUAGGGGCCAUAGGACAAAAGCAUGUGUAUUCUGGGUGUACAGUGGUUUCUUCGUAACAUUCUUUGCCAUUUAACAUUUACUUUACCACAUGAGCUCUGCUGUACACAUUUGGAGAUACCUUGAUUGAGCACUACGACUAAUAUAUUUGUAUGCAACAUGAGGUAUGGUAUUAGGGAUACAGUAUCAAUAGUUUUCUGUUUAGCAAUGUCACUGUUUCAUUGGUUAAGCUUUAAGUUCAUAUUUGCUAAAAAGGUGUAAAGAGUGUACAUAGGAGGCUGUGGGGGGUCAGAUACAAAUACUGAACUGUGUUAGAUAAAUGUGUUCUAUCAACAAGUUGCUAAUGUUUGUCAUGUUUUAGUGAGUUAUACAGUAGUUAUGUUAAAUGUUUUUAAAUGGGAGAAUGUGAUGUUAGUAAUUUCCCCACUACCAACUGCUGUACUCGUGUCCUGUGCCAUGCUGAAAAAAUGUCUGGAAACCCUGCCCUAGUAUUUUUCAGAAAAUAAACCUUUAAAUAAUGUA